UGAAACUACAACAUCUAACCCAGAACCUCCACAAACAUCUAAUCAUAUUCUUGGAAUAGAAGGAAAAACUGUUCCAGUGUAUGUUCUUAUUAAUUCAAAAAGUAUAAUUCUAAAUUGUUUGAGUGAAGAACUAUUAAUGAGGAGCAUCACUGAUCCCAAGUGCCAGUGGACUGGCCCCUUAGGACCAAUAACAAAAGAAACAAAAAGAUUUGUUUUAACCGAUGAUGGUUGCUUGGAGAUUCAUAGUGUUCAGGGCAGUGAUGCUGGAAGUUAUACUUGCAACAUAAACUUUAUAUAUGAAAAUAACCAAAUGACCAAAGAAACUAAUUUCAUGGUUUAUGUAUAUCACAAGCCAGGAAGGAGUAUACAGUUAUCAUCUGAGUUCGCAAUUCAAACCUGCGAAACCAAUCUCGUUGCUUCAUUUGAAAAGUACCUCUUAGAGCAACUGGAGAACUUAAUCCACAACCUGCAGUGUGAGAUCCAACAGUGGCAUGUAGAGUGCCAUGCUAACACAGAUACACUGGAGAAGCUAACAUACAAGCUUACAUUUCAGUUUGCUGUGUUUCCUUUAGUGCUGACUGUAGCAGAUCUCUGUAGAGGUUCUCAAUGUGAACAUUCCAUCAGCAACAUCAAAGAGGCUUAUGACAAGAUCAGGAAGCUCUUUGAAGACCAGAAUGUUGACUCCUCUCACAGUGAUAAUUUAAAUUACAUUCCUGGCUCGCUUACUGGUGUUAAAAUAGAUCACUGCAAACCGGGGUUUGGAAAAAACAUAAGUACUAUAGACAAUAAUACAGCGUGUCCAGGGUGUUGCGUUACAUGCCCACCAGGUAGAUUCAGUGCAAAAUAUGAUACCAUCUGUGUUCUGUGUGCUGCUGGAUCUUACAAUGACAAGUAUGGCCAAGCAGCAUGUGAAAAUUGUCCAAAGGCACAAAGCAGCAAUGGAAAAGGUGCCCAAAGUGAAAGAAACUGCCACAGAAUUCUGCCAAUGUGGAUUGUUUUUUUGAUAUCAUCCACAGCCACCAGCCUUCUCCUAGUGACAAUUUGGGUGGUCAUCACUAAAUGCUGCAAAAGAACAGUAGCAGCCCAGUAUAUCAGAGAAGCAGAAUCUGAAAUGAAGAACAGGCUGCAGGACUUUGCAAACAUUGCAAGUGAUGCAGACAUCCAGGAGCAAAGAAAUAAACUGAGUCCCAUCAAGGUGCAGAGAAAAAAUCAGCCCAAAUACAAAGUUGACUUUCUAGAAGACGAAUCCGUGGGAUUAUUAAGCAACGACGACAUGACAGAACCAUCCACAUCUGCUGGUGUCAGUCCAUCUCCCGACGUAACAGGACCAAGUGAAUUAGAAAGUAGCUUUGAGGACCAGUCACCACCCACUUUGGAAAAUGAUUUAACUCCAAAGGAUCUGCCACCCAAUCACCAGAAACUUGUUACCAUCAUGAAGGAGAAAUGGUCCUAG